CCCUCUCUCUUUCUCUAUGUGCCUCUCUCUCUUUCACACACUGUGUCAAGUCCCCUGACAGGGAGCCUGAUCACUUUGAGAGUUGAAAGUGGAGGAGGAGGGUGCCAGAGACAUCAGGUUUGCAUAAUAUACAGAGAGAGAGAGCACCUGCCAGGUGAAUGGGCUUCGGAGCGUUGGGCUGUCAUAUGUAAUGAUAAGGAAAGUACUGGACCAUGUGGUGGGGUUGUGACAUCAUGUGCGAUCCAACGGGAGCAGGAAAAAGGUACCAGUGGACCGGACAGCUCUACUUAUACUCACUGCUAUACACUCUGAGGAGAAACAACCGUCCUAGGUUUCAACUUCAGUGGCAUUUUUAAUCUAACUGCAGUUGCUGGAUUUAUGCACAAAAAGGAUAGCCCUCAAUUUGGGACCAUGGUUGUCAAACAGGGGAGGCAAUGGAGGUCGAUGUGCAAAGGCCUUGUCCUGGGUACCCUACUUACCAGCUGUAUGAUCCUGCUCUACUGCCUUUCUGCUCCACAGGUCCACUUCAACCUGCCCGAGGUGCCAGUGCCUUACUCCUGCGCUCAUCGGCCGGCUCAAGUCCACGCCUCACCACUCAGAAAUGGAUCCAGGUAUGCCACGGGACAGACGGGCCUCUGCACUCCCAAAGUGGAUGUCAUGUUCAUGAAGACCCACAAGACGGCCAGCAGCACGCUCCUCAACAUCCUCUUCCGCUUCGGAGAAAAGCACAGGCUCAAGUUUGCCUUUCCAGACAGCCGUAACGACUUCUUUUACCCAUCCUCAUUCCAACGCUCCCAGGUCAAGGACUACAGGCCUGGCAUGUGCUUCAAUAUCAUAUGCAACCACAUGCGCUUCAAUGCACCAGAGGUGGCCAAGGUGCUCCCCACAGACACCUCCUACAUCACCGUCCUCAGAGACCCGGCUGAGCUCUUUGAAUCCUCCUUCCAUUACUUUGGCCGCCUGGUGCCCAUGACCUGGAAAAUACCAGGCAAGGACAAGGUGGGGGAGUUCCUGCGUGACCCCCGCCACUACUUUGACCCUGAUGGCUUCAACUCCUUCUACCUCAAGAAUCUUCUGUUCUUCGACUUCGGGCAGGACAACACUCUGGAGCUGGGCGACCCGAGGGUGGAGGAAGGCAUCCGGGCAAUUGCAAGCUGCUUCCAGCUGGUCAUGCUGGUGGAGCACUUUGAGGAGUCCCUCAUCCUGCUCAUGGACGCCCUCUGUUGGGAGAUGGACGACCUGCUCUUCUUCAAGCUCAACGCCCGGAAGGGCUCCACUGUGUCCAAACUGACCCCAGAGUUGAGGGCCAAGGCCCUGGAGUGGAACGCCGUGGACUGGAGGCUUUACCAACACUUCAAUGCCACCUUUUGGAGGAAGGUGGAGGCAUACGGGCACCAGCAGAUGGCUGACGACGUGGCGGAGCUCCGGAGGAGGAAUGCAGAGAUGGCGGCCGUCUGUAUUGAGGGAGGCCAUGCUGUGGAUGCAGAUAACAUCCAGGAGACAGUCAUGCAGCCCUGGCAGCCCAUCGGGGAGAAGUCCAUCAUGGGCUACAACCUGAAAAAGAACGUGGACAAGGCCCACCUCAAGCUGUGCCGUAAGAUGCUCACACCCGAGCUGCAAUACCUGACAGAGCUGGGGGUCAACCUGUGGAUCACUAAGCUGUGGGGACAUGUGAGAGACAUGAUCAACUGGUGACAAGCGGGUGACUGAAGGGUGAUUUGAGAGAGAGAGAGAGAGGGGGAGGGAGAGG